CGGGGACCGUAUCUCCGGAAGCUCCUCCCCGCGGGGGCUGCCCCCUCCCCGCGGAACGAGGCGACGGUUAUUUCUCGCCGCUGCCGAAGCAGCCCAGUCGGCGCCCGCGCAGCCCGGGACGCGUGGGGGCGAUUGGCAGGUCCGCGAGCUCCGCUUCCCCCCGGGCGUUGCGGGAUCCCGGGGCAAAGGGGUGUAGCUGUAAAGAAAAUCAAGGGGGUGAUGGAGUAGAAGCAUAAAGAAGUUUACUGUAUGAAGGCUAAUGAGUGAUUCGAGUAAAAGUUCGAAGCGAUGUGACUGCUGGACUGGUUUUACAGAGCUUUUGAAAUGAGAGAGCUACAUCUCUCAUUCCUGUUGGUCAAGUGACGCUAAUGGUGGAAUAAACUGACUUCAGUACAAAUACAACUGAUCAAUCCAAAUCGCAAGUACAAUAUAAACAAGUGUGAUGUUGAAAUGAGAUGAGGCUCCGAAAUGGAACUGUGGCCACCGUGUUGUUUUUCAUCACUUCUUUUCUCAGUUUGUCCUGGUACACUGCAUGGCAAAAUGGUAAAGAAAAGCUGAUUGCUUAUCAGCGAGAAUUUCAUGCUUUGAAGGAACGUCUUCGUAUUGCUGAGCAUAGAACCCUGCAGCGUUCCUCUGAGCUAAAUACCAUCUUGGAGCAAUUCAGACGUGCAGUAGCAGAAACAAAUGGAAGUAAGGAUGCAUUAAACAAUUUUUCAGAUGAAACGCUGAAAUUGUUAAAAGAGCUAACAAGCAGAAAAUCUCUUCAAGUGCCAAAUAUCUAUUACCAUUUGCCUCAUUUGUUGAAGAAUGAAGGAAGCCUUCAACCUUCUGUGCAGAUUGGCCUGGGACGAACAGGCGUUUCAAUUGUAAUGGGAAUUCCCACCGUGAAGAGGAAAGUAAAGUCUUAUCUUACAGAAACCCUUCACUCUCUUAUUGAUAAAUUGUCUCCAGAAGAGAAACUGGAUUGUGUUAUGGUUGUCUUCAUAGGAGAGACAGAUCUGGACUAUGUACACAGUGUUGUAGCAAGCCUGGAAAAAGAAUUUUCUACAGAAAUCAGUUCUGGCUUGGUGGAAAUAAUAUCCCCACCUGCGACUUACUAUCCUGAUUUGACAAAUUUAAAAGAGACAUUUGGAGACUCAAAAGAGAGAGUCAGAUGGCGAACAAAGCAAAACUUGGACUAUUGUUUUCUUAUGAUGUAUGCCCAGAAAAAGGGCAUUUAUUAUAUUCAGCUUGAAGAUGAUAUUGUUGUCAAGCAGAAUUAUUUCAGCACGAUAAAAAAUUUUGCACUUCAACUUUCUUCUGAAGAUUGGAUGAUUCUAGAAUUUUCUCAGCUGGGUUUCAUUGGUAAAAUGUUCCAAUCUCCAGAUAUCACUCUUAUUGUAGAGUUCAUAUUUAUGUUUUAUAAGGAGAAACCUAUUGAUUGGCUCUUAGAUCAUAUACUCUGGGUGAAAGUCUGCAACCCUGAAAAAGAUGCAAAACAUUGUGACAGACAGAAAUCUAAUCUACGAAUACGCUUCAGGCCUUCCCUUUUCCAACAUGUUGGACUGCACUCCUCCCUAGCAGGAAAGAUCCAGAAACUCACGGACAAAGACUUCCUGAAACCAUUAUUACAUAAAAUUCAUGUGAAUCCACCCGCGGAAGUUUCUACAUCUUUAAAAGUCUAUCAAGGACAUACACUGGAAAAAACCUAUAUGGGAGAGGAUUUUUUCUGGGCUGUUACACCAAUUGCUGGGGAUUAUAUCCUAUUUAAAUUUGACAAACCAGUCAACGUAGAAAGAUACUUGUUUCAUAGUGGCAAUCCAGAGCAUCCAGGAGAUAUUCUACUAAAUACUACAGUGGAGGUUCUGCCUUUUAAGAAUGAAGACUUGGUAUUAAGCAAAGAAACCAAAGACAAACGCUUGGAGGACGGUUAUUUCAGGAUAGGUAAAUUUGAAAGUGGUAUAGCAGAAGGGACAGUUGACCCAAGUCUAAACCCUAUUUCAUCAUUUCGUCUUUCGGUAAUACAAAACUCAGCAGUCUGGGCAAUUCUGAAUGAGAUUCACAUUAAAAAAGUCACAACCUGAUCAAAAUCUGUUUGGAAGAAAAGAGAAAAUCUUUGCAAACUUUCCCUAUAAUACCCUACAUCUUUAACAAGUCACAAAUUGAAAAUACUGAGCAUGCACCUUAUUCCAAUUGUCUUUUAUUUUUCACUCGAACUCUACCUCUUGUGAAAUCUACUGUAGAUGAGAAGAUUGUAAGUAACCCUUUUUGUCAUAUCCAUCCAGAAACUGAUUCUCCAUACUAAUAACAUUCAUCUGAGAUCCAAGUUGUCCUACAUUUUUACAUGACUUUACCAUCUUAUGGUUGCAGAAGCCUGCUACCCUUAACCGAUACUAUUUUGAUAGUAUAGUAAUACGGAGAAGUUGUACAUAUUCUUACAUUUCUUGAAGAUGAAAAAAUAUAAUUAAAUUUUAUGAAGGGGGUACUUUUGGGGUUCCAUUUAUUUUGCUAUAACAAAACCCUCUUUUAUAGAUUAUCAGGAUAUAUUUAUAUCUAUAUCUAGAUAUAUAGAUAUAUAAAAAACAUUAGGGAUAUUUAAUUUAUUAAAAUAAUUUGAAAAGUACAUAUUUUUAUGCAGUAAAAUUUUAAAUUGAUAUAGGUUUUUUUUAUGGAUUAUCUAGCUUGAAUUAUCUUUCUAUGUUUUUCUUUUCAACUGCAAACAACAUAAAAAAUUAAUACCAUAUUUCAACUAUACUGCCAUGGUUAAUUUAGCAACUCAAUUUAGUUUUCUUAAGUAGUUUUGUACCACAAAAUCUGAAAGAUAUCGUUCAAAGCAUAAGCACGCCUUAAUUGCCAGAGUUCUGAAGAACAUUAUUCUUGGGGGCUACCAUAUUCCACUGAUUACAGGGCAUAGACACAUAAAAAGCAUGUUGAAGUAUCUUAAUAUUUCAGUAUAACGUAAAUGCUAAAUCUGCAGUUAUUUUAAGUUUAAUCCAUCACAUUUUAGAGGGAGAUUUCGAUACCAAGCUAUCCCUUUUUAAAACUUUGUAGACAGUUCCUAAACCGAACAAAUUCAUUCUCUGUAUAGAAAAGCAUUCCCUAUCUUUGUGCUGUAAAUUUUGAAUUUUGUCUCAUGUGCCCAGACAUACAAAUUCCGUUCGGUACUUUGAAUGACUACAAUCCUACAUAUUAUUUUUCCUGAUAAAAAUAUCAGUAAUUAGACACUUGUAAUUAACCUCAUUAUAUUUCUCUCUUCAAAUGUUUUUAUUUCAGUAUUUACCUUAGGUAAAUGUUGUAGUGGGUGACUUUUUUUAAAGGGUGAGUCCUAUCCAACUUCCUUGGGAAUCAAUUAAGACUUCCAUUGCCUUUAAUAGAAUCAAGCCCAAAGUCAGUUUCCUGCCUUUUGCGCUUCAAGGAAAAGAACAAUACUUGUUUAACUGAUGAGCAGCCCAGACAGUGUGAGCUCUUUGUGCUGCUACAGCACUGUUCAUAACAUGUAAUGCCAUUUAACAAGUCAUUAAAAUCUAGUAGUUUUUUUAUCACAUCUCAGCAUAGAUCUGAGAAAUUAUUUGGGUUUAUUUUCCCCCCAAUUUUACCUGUGACUGAUGCCAAUAAUUUAAAUAGCUAUUUGUUAAAUUUUAUAUCGUGACUUAAUUUUUAAGUCAGAUGUUUCUGAAAACAAGCAAUGCCAACAAAUGUUGUCUUAUGAUUCCAUGAAGUUAAAAUGAUUUAUAAUAAAUUUACCCAGUACCAUUGUUAGGUGCCUUUCCUCUGAGCAGUGUCGUCUUAUGGGUUUAUUCUGUCAGCCCAGUGUUCCUAAAGCAACGUUCAACAUAUAAGAAACUCCUAACAUCUCUAAAUGUGUAGAAACUCACCCCAAACUGAACACACUUUUGUGGUGUUUCUUUGUUUGUUCUACCCUCAAGGCAGGUAUAGUAGUUAUGGACCAGAUUAGAAUUCUCACCCCAUCACUGCUUUUCUGAGCCUUUUAAAAAUUUAGACUAGAAAAUCAUUAGGGUCCCUUGUGAAUCUGAGAUAAGAUACUGGCUAAAUUUAAGGCAGAAUGACUUAGUACUUCUGCCUUAUAAUAUGCACUACAUAUACCUUUGAGUAUGUUGAGGGAUCAUGUUUAGUCUUUUGGCAAGACUAGACAAUUUUGUACUUUUUUCCUUCAUUUUUUCCAUAAGUAAGUAUAAAAUCUCUUCAGUAAUUCCUUGAUUUUUUUGUUUGAAAUAUCUGCUCCAAAACGAGUACAGUAUUAAUUUACAUCUUGUGCUUUCCUCUGGAAACAAGAAUACAAAUUUAUUCCGAGACCAUUGUUUCAUGAAAUGAAGUAUUUGCUUAAGUUUAAGGUUUCUUCUUAACAAGGAUCCAUUUUGAAAUUGGACUAAAAUGAAAACUACUCAUUUUUAAAAGCAUGGUUAUGCUCAUUCAUAUUUACGACUAACAUUACAAUUUUAUACAGAAAGUGUGGCAUACUGCUAUGCUGCUGUUUUUGGAAAUGGAGUUUGAUUGGUGUAAAUAUUGACACCAAGAAUUUGUCAUUGUGUGUCAUGUUUCUUGAUUUCAGUGUUCUCUUGAGUGGGUUUUUUGUGAUUUCUACUGUAAGCAUUGAGCUAGAAAUCUAGGUAGCUUAAUGUUGAGAACUAUGAAACUUUGUUUCAGGGGAACAAACUCUGAUAUCUUUACAUGACCAGCAGUCAUCCUACUCCCAUUAAUUUUAGUGGUGCAGGAUCAAGCUCCUAAUUGCAAAACAUCAUUACUGUUGACUUUAAUGGUAGCUGACAUGAUGAUCAUCACUGGUGCUAAACGUUCCUAUGAAGUAAGGAAGGCUUGUUUUUUUUAAAGUGUUAAUUGGUGGCUGCCUGCAGGUCAGGAGCUCUCACUUUGUGCCAGUGUACAGCAGGUCACAACAGAAAUUCCCAGCUUCCCCAAGAUCAAAGGUAUAGUGCUUUACUUGUUAAAAUAGCAAAUUUUUCUUUGUUGCUCAGUGUUUGCUGAGUUUUCAAUAGAUGACUUGGAGUGCAUUCUCUUCAAGCCUUAACAGUGGUGGAUACACUACUGUAAAAUGAACUGCCAGCAGAUUUGGUGUAUUAAGCUAAAUGUAGUUAUUUUUUUCUAGAAAUAUCAAAUUCUAGUAAUCAAAUAUUGAAGUUUUAUUGUAACUAGUUUGCUGUUUAAAAAAACCCUUUUUGAAAUUAAAACCUGGUGCUUGAGUUUGAUAUUGAGCACUGCUUUUGGAAAAUUGCCAUCUUCAUUUUCAGGGGGGUGUUUGUCAGUUUGUACUAUUGCCUUGUGGAAUCCAGUACUGUUAGAUCCUGAAACAUUCUUUUCUGGCAAAACUUAUUCUGUACACUUUUCCCCAUCUUUCCAUUAACCAACCCCUGCUGUAAUAGAUUUUUAUAAUUGGCUAAUUUGUUUAAAACUUGCUGCUAUAUUUGAAAACCUGAUAUGGGUCAUGUCAACUGUGCCUUUCAUCAAUGUUUCUAUGUGCCACAGCUAUCCCUGUAUAUUUGAAAUAAAGGCUUUAAAAAAAACUGUUCUG